UUUGUAUAUCAAUUGAAGCUAGAAACAAGACGAUUUAUUAGUGUGAGGUGUUUCAAGGGAGGUGUUGCGUUGCUAUAUGUUUAUUUGUUAUAAAUCCUGUAAUAUUGGAGUAUUUUGCCGUUAAAAACUUUUAUUUACAAUGGCUGGACCUCUACAAGACGUUGUGGAAGAAGACGCAGCAGAUUUACAAUUCCCAAAAGAAUUUGAGAAUGCAGAGACAUUACUAAUAUCGGAGGUGGAUAUGUUGCUGGAGCAUAGAAAAGCCCAAAAUGAGUCUGCUGAAGAGGAACAGGAGUUCUCAGAAGUCUUCAUGAAAACUUUGACUUAUACCAACAUGUUUAAGAAGUUUAAAAACAAAGAGACCAUAGCUGCUGUUAGAAACCUCCUUCAAUCAAAGAAGCUUCACAAAUUUGAAGUUGCAAGUUUAGCCAACUUAUGCCCAGAGACUCCAGAAGAAGCCAAGGCUCUCAUACCAUCACUGGAAGGCAGAUUUGAAGAUGAGGAGUUGAGGAUAUUAUUAGAUGACAUACAGACCAAACGCAGUUUACAAUACUAACAUAGCAUUAGCAAAGUAUUUAUAAGUUUAUGUAUUCAAUCAACAAUUUACUGCGUUUUAGUUGUAAAUAAGACUGAAUUGUAAUACAAUUUCUGAUUAUUAA